AAUGGAGAUGUCCUCUGGUUUUUGGCUGCAGCAACAGCAGUAAUAUGCAGAUUCAAUUGAUGUUGGCUAUGCUAUGCUAUGCUCUGCUAUGCUCUGCUAUGCUCUGCUAGGAAGCAAGCUUGGCGGGUUAAGGGGGUUAAACAGAAAGAACCUGGAGUACCGGUACAAUGGGUGGCGCCCACACACUUACUCUUCUUGGAAUAUCAAAAACAAAUAGGAAGGAGCACGCCAAUCAUUUUUGCUCCAGGUGGUGAUAUCUUACCUGGGUCCCGAUCAGAAGGAUGGCAAACGAUACUGCACUAGUCAGGAAUCUAGUCUCAUGACAGUUGAGUCAAGGUUCUGGCUUCUGUCAUGAUGCCUCUUCACGUACAACGACAAUUCCUUGGUCGGCGCUUAAAUUCUAAGAUGUCAGUGGUCUAGAUCUUUACUGCUGUACUUGGUACGAUUGACUGUAUCCUGGCCAUCUAUAAGAAUAAACGACAAGCGCCACUAACAAUCUAGUUCUAUUGAACUUACUAGCCUAUUCUCCUGCGGAUAGGGUGGGUUCAUUUAAUGGAAGGAUCCUACUUGGGCCGUAACUGAUCGUGGUUGAGAUCUACAUAUUGUAAUAUAAACAAAGGUAGAAAGGUGGGGAGUCACUUUAUUUAUAUAAUUUUAUCAAUAUCUCCCCUCCUUUACACUUUUAACUCAAGAUUUUCGUACAGGAGAUACUUCUAUCGAACCCAAAAUGGGUUACAAAAUCUUGUCGGAAAAGUUAGGCGGAGGCCUACCACAGUAUUCGCGGCUACCACAACAAGAGCAAGACGAUGCCAAACUACCAGUAUCUAGAAAGAUAUCACACCCAUCGAAUAUUUUCCAAUACAUUCGAUUGAUCAUCUAUUCAUUAGCAGGCAUCGCAUUUAUCACAUCUUUUCUUUGGGCAGGGCCCGCUGCGCUUCGUUCAUACCUCAAUGCUCCGUCUUCCUCAUCUGUUUCAUCUACCAUUACAAAUACCUCUUCUCCAACUAUUAGUCUCAUUAUUGCUUCUUCCAAACAAGACCGUGAUCCAAACCCAUGGACAAAAGAGCUAGAGAAGGAUAACUUGGCAAUCAUCGAAUACAAUCCCCCGACCUUUUCAAGUGAAGGCUCAGGAGCCCUUAUCUACCUAAUGUAUAUAUACGAAGCGUACGAUAACCUCUCGCCUAUUUCAAUAUUCAUCGACAAAUGGGAACCGGCAGAGUAUGCCUUCCCAUUAUCCCAAACAGACCUAAUCAAUCGUCUCGACUUCGCUACCGUACAAUCCCGCGGCUACCUUCCCUUUUGCUUCCAGGAUGUAUCAAGCUCAGGAAUAAACGCUUCUGUCAUCUCAUUAUUUCAUCAACACUUCCCAAAAGAUGAAAUCCCAGAUAAAUUCACGGGCCCUUGUGGUAGAUUCGCAGUUUCAAGAGAUGCAAUUCAUUCUGUACCAAGAGAACAAUAUCUACAUCACGCUAAUCUACUAAAUCAAACACGUGCGACUUCUGACAUGGGAAAUGAGUGGAAUGUCAUGUGGAAGUAUCUAUUUCUUCACGGUGAUACGAUAGAAAUUGCUCCUUCCGAGUCCUUAUGUCAAGCUUGGGAAAUGUGUCUAGAUGAAGGAGAAUGGAAGAAUCUCAACAGAUUAUGGAAUGAAAUGGAAACAGCAAGGGAGAAACUGGAUUUAAUGAAGCAAUUGGGGAAAACAUUUGAUCUGAGUGAGGAAAUCCAAGCAUUAGAGCAUGAUUUGAAGGAAUUGAAGUCUGUGGUGGAAAAUGCGAAUGGCCUUAAUGUUGGAGGUUAGUUCAAUUAUUAUAGUGCGCUGUUCUUCAUGUAUUGAAGUAUUAAAGCCCAGAUACCCAAGCUUGGAAGAAUUUAAGUAGUAAAAAAUUUCGAAUAAGUAAGCUCCUGAUAAAACUACAUCAAAAUAUAUGCAAUACUGUCACAUGCUGUAUGAGCAAUCUGCAUGAGAUCCUUCGUGUGAAACUUCCUCACCACAUGUCUAAUUUACAGACAUAAAUCUCAAUAUC